CACUCCUCCGGAGGACGCGCGUCAAAGCUGCUUCAUUUCAACAGUGAACGACAGCGUUGAACUCCUCCACAGUGUCCAGUAAACUUUGGACUGUCCUUCGUCUUCGAGGUGCGACUCUUUGUUUUGAACCUCAGGUACAGCGCGGAGCUUUAUUCUCUGCAGCGAACAGGAGGUGUGUUUCCUAUGAUGCUCGGAUAUCCCAGGAGUGUUUGCUCCACGCUUUGGAUACAUAAUGUGAGGAUUUAUGUUGGAAUAAAUAAGGACGCUGCGUAAAGGGAAAAACUCAAACUCCCCAGUGUUGACCAGUGAAGCUCGUUUCAAUCCUCCAAAGUGCGGAAUGGGUCCCUCAUCGACCCUGCUUCUCGUUGCCUUUUUGGGCUGGGCUGAAGGCGGUUCCUCUCUCCACUACUCAGACGGUCGGUCCCCCCGUCUCUCUCUGGAGAAAGCCUUCGGCCGGUCGCUCAGAGACUCCCAGUGCCAACACAUGUUGAAGCACCUCCACAAUGGAGCCCGCAUCACUGUGCAGAUGCCUCCCAACGUAGAGGGUCACUGGGUGUCCACCAGCUGUGAGGUGAGACCAGGCCCGGAGUUCCUGACGCGCUCCUACAGUUUCUACUCCAACAACAGCUUCCAGGCUCACCAGUUCUACUACGAGGACAACCACUGCACCAAACCCUCCUACACUCUGGUGAUCCGCGGUCGUCAGCGCUCACGGCAGGCCUCCUGGAUCAUCCGCGGCGGCACAGAGGCGGAAUACCACCUCCACCGCGUCCAGAUGGUUUGUCACACGGCCACCGUGGCCAAAGAGCUCAGCCAGAGGCUCAACCGCAGCUGCAGAGGGGCCGUGAAGGGCCCCUGGGAGCCCAGUGUGACCUACGAGCUGUGGAGCGAGGAGGGCGGCUACGACUGCUCCAGGGAGCUUAACUUUGCCAUGCAUGAGCUGCAGCUGCUGAGGGUGGAGAAGCAGUACCUGCACCACAACCUGGAUCACCUGGUGGAGGAGCUGUUUCUGGGAGACAUCCACACUGAGCCGUCCCAGAGGCUUUACUACAAGCCGUCCAGCUACCAGACCGCCCUGCAAAACGCCAAGAACCAUGACCAUGGCUGCAUCGCCUGUCGUAUCAUCUUCCGCUCAGAUGAGUUCCACCCUCCCAUCCUGGCGCCGCGGGCCGACCUGACUGUCGGGCUGUACGGUCAGUGGGUGAGCCAGCGCUGCGAAGUUCGCCCCGAGGUCCUCUUCCUCACCCGUCACUUCAUCUUCCACGACAACAACCACACCUGGGAGGGCCUCUACUACCACUACUCUGACCCCAUCUGUAAACACCCCACCUUCACCAUCUACGCCCGCGGACGCUACAGCCGAGGACUUCACUCCACCCUCGUCAUGGGCGGGACAGACUUUGUCUUCAAAGUGAACCACAUGAGAGUAACUCCCAUGGACUUCGCCACCACUUCCCUGCUCAACGUCUUCAACGGUAACGAGUGUGGAGUGCAGGGGUCCUGGCAGGUCGGGGUGGAGCAGGACGUCACCUUAACCAACGGCUGUGUGGCACUGGGCAUCCGUCUCCCCCACACAGAGUACGAGCUUUUCCGCAUGGAGCAGGACGCCCACGGUCGCUACCUUCUCUACAACGGCCAGCGUCCCAGCGACGGCUCCAGCCCGGACCGGCCGGAGAAGCGGGCCACCUCCUACCAGAUGCCCCUGGUGCAAUGCUCGGCGAGCAGCCAGCCGUCCGAGUACAGCAGAGCGGACGACUUCGACAGGUCUCUGCUGCACCACAAUGACUGCACAGGGUGGCACAGAGGCAGCCAGCAGCGCGUCACGGCGGCUCUCAUCGCAUUCGCCACGUCUCUGCUUCUCAGCUGGCAGAGCUAGAGAGACGCAACAAGGCAAGAGUGUGGAUUACAUGAGCAGGCAGCACAUUUCAAACUUUUCACUUCUCUGAUGUGAAAGAGGGUGAAAACUUGGUGAAAAAAAACUAAACUGAUCCUCUGAACUUCUUCCCAGCUACCAAAGACUCGACACUGCUGCACCACAGAAACUUUAGCACUUUAGAGUGGAACCGAAGACCAAGCCGUCUGUGUUUCCACACAUAUCCACAUAGACCUGAGAGUAUGUUUUAUACAGUGUAUUUACCUACAACUUGGUACUGCAAAAAGACACGUUUUGAUGUGUUGGAACCUUUUUUUUCUACAAUGAACUCUCGACAAUGAGCUCAAAGUCACGGUUUACAGUAAAAGGGAACUACACGACUUAUACUACAGGAGUUUCUUUAAAUGUUGCCUUACAGUAGGACGAACUCAGCACUAGGUAUCCGUCAUCUAUUCAACAUUAUUUUGCAAACGAUAAAGUCACACGCAUCCCCACUGGCCGACACUUGACUUGGUUUCAGUUUUGAAAUGAUGUCAUACUCAGAUCGGGAAACUGCACCUGGAAAAUUGGCAUUUAGACUAAUGUCUCAACAAAUGAAGACUUGAAACACGCUGUUAAACUUUAAGGAGGGGGGGGGGGCGAUAUGGCUAAAUUCAAUAAACGUAUAUUAUUGAUUAUGUUCACAUGUGUAAAGAUGUGUUAACCUUUAAUUACAAUUAGCUUGUAAUCACUAAAUAAACAGAAAUUUGCCAAAUAUACUACAAUGUGAUCAUUAAAUGGAAUAAAUGCAAAGGGACCCAAAUACAUGUUUUGGGGGCUAGUUGUAGCUUAACUCGUGAUUAAAAUAUGUAUAUACUAUCAUUAACUUUCAUAGUGAAGUAUCUGGGCAGUGAGUUUACUUUUUAAAUAUUGUAGUUACUCAAGUAACUAGUAUUUAAUGCUGACAAUUACUGCAUUAACAUCUGCCCUUUUCUUUUCUUUCCUAGACAUAAAUAGGCCCUUGUUUUUGUUACGUGUUGGUCUUAUCUGUAAAGACCAUACAUACAAUAACUGUGUCUACUAUACAACACUAUAAAUAAUCCCUCAACUUCUUAAAACCGUGGUCUAAAUGGACAUUUGUGUAAUUGUAACAUGUCAUGAAGCACUGUAUAGCAGGCCACGUCUUACCCGUCCGGUGUGGCACAGCAUCGGCGGCCUUCAGUUCUCCAGUGGGAUCUCGGUUGCAGUUUUAAUGAAGGUCACAAUGUUGUCUCCCUCUGGACGGUGGACCGGUACCUGUUUGGGAACUAGCAGCAGGCUUCUACCGUUCCAAACCGGUUGAGAUUGUGUUCAACAGAGAACAGACAAACGCAUCACAGCGUACUCUAGUUCUUCAAUGGAAAAACGUUUUAUUGUCAUUGAUGGUGCAGCCUCUUGAAGAUUGAAUAACCUGUAUAGGACUCCAAGAAGUGUCUUUUGUAACUGGAUACAUGUAUAAGAUUAAAGGUUUGAUAC